UUUCGAUGUCAGAUGUCGCUGCCAGACAUUGGAUUUGACAAAGUAAAAAAAAACAUUUACACUCAAUACUGUUAUUAAUUGAAUAAAACCAUUUUUAUUUUCGUUAACAAAUUAAAUUAGUUGAAUAUCGAUUCGUUUGCUAUUGCACCAAACAAAAUAGGAAGUAAAUUUGGCUGGAAAUUCAAUUACGUCAGUUAAAUUUGGUCAUCAUUCGAUUUGAAAGAAAAGAAAAGGAAAGGGAAAGAAAAACGAGAUCCAUUUUGACAGGUGUCUGACAGGCAAUGCCUCUUUGAGCUCGUGCAACAAUUAAUUGAAACUAAUAUUGAAGUGUCAUUAAACCGUAGGAUAAAAUCCACAUUGAUUUACCACUUCGUAAUAAUUCCGAACAAAUUUUUUUUCCUUUUUCAUUCGAAAUUAAAACAUGACUUUGUAUCAUUUUGGUAAUUGUGUGGCUCUCGUUUAUGUGCCGUAUUAUUUAACAUACAAAUUUUCUGGAUUAUCGGAGUAUGGUGCAUUUUGGAAAUGCAUUCAAGCCAGCGGAAUCUAUGUAUUCACACAAUUGUGUAAAAUGCUUGUAUUAGCUACAUUCUUUCCCGAUACUAGCACAAGCCCCACAGACGAGUUAAAUUUAUUCAGUGAGUUCCUCAGAUGUACCAUCGAUAUUGCCGAUUUGUUGGGUCUCGCUUUUGUGUUGUCACGCAUCCCCGGCAAAGGACACAGCAAACUUAUUACGGCCGGUUUGGGAUGGGCCACUGCUGAAGUUAUCCUUUCGCGUGGACUAAUGCUGUGGGUUGGUGCUCGCGGUGCCGAAUUCAGCUGGUUAUACAUUCAAAAGUGCUUGGAAUCAAAUAUCUCAUUGAUUCAACAUUUGACCACAUCAACAUUAAUUUGGCUCUUCACUCGUCAUGAUCUCAAUAUCAAAUACAAACCAAUUGUAACAUUGCUGCUAAUUGCGACGCCAUUCAAAGUGUUGUGGCUCGAUGCCGUUUUAAAGACUGUGAUUACCGGUUUGUGGUCGUUGUUGGCAUUCAAAGCGCUUGCAACAUGUAGCAUCGGCGUGUUGACGCUACACAUUUAUUCGGAUUUAGCUCAAACUAUUGGUCUUUAAUACUUUAGUCAUCUGCCAAAUACACAUUGUUCCGCCAAGAAGCAAUGAAAAAAACAACUCAAUACUAACCGAUGUCAGAUUAUAUUAUCAAGAAAACAACCAAUAAAGCUAAGAUUAUUUAAUGAAAUUACGAAUGAAUAGAACACAAACAGUUAAAUUACCAAUUUAUCUUUUACCUUUUCGUGGAUUUCGUAUGAAUGAACGAAUCGCAUCCUUGAAUAAAGUCGAACGUUAGACCUAAAGAAAA